AUGUGGUGUCAGUCGGUGACGGAGGCGCAGUGGGGUGGGGGACAGGCCAGGGCACCCUCUCGACACAUCCCAGGCUCGGACAUGAGCUCCCAGCAGACACCACAGGCGCAGAGGUUCCGCAUCGAGGCCGGUGACUGUCCCCGCUUGGCCGUCCCUCCCGAAACGCAGGAGCCGGCAGACGCCGAGCAGUCUCUGGGAAGGCAGCUGCGGCGAUGCCCCGGCAGCCACUGCCUGACGCUGCCCAACGUCCCCAUUGACGUGUUCAUCGCCAUGGGAGGCAGCCGCCGGCCUCGCACCAACUGAUGGCCCCCGCGCCUGCCCCGCGCCCACCACAGCCACCCCGGGGCUGCAGAGCUGCG